GUGAAUCAAUCAUCAACCAGGUGCGCGUAGUAUACAUUGUCUUUGAACAUUUUCCUAUCGUGCUUGUGGACACAUAGACAAGGCUAUAGAGAUUAGAGCUGUGUCCUUAGAAUCACCAGGAUCUCAGCAAGCCAGUUGAUCCUCACCAUGGUCGAUAUCAAAGGCAAAGGUCGAGCCACCGAGCCGCUUCCGGUUGAUCAUGAACAUCGAGAGCCGUAUCACUAUAAUGUGGAUACGAAGCAGAGUGAUGGCGCAGUAUCGUCAACAUGGUGGCAAGAGAGUCGUAGGCGAGCCAGGGCAGAUCGUCAAAGCUGGGACUAUGUUUUGAGUAGUGGCGUUGCUGGCGGUAUAGCCGGUUGCGUGGCUAAGACGGCCAUCGCUCCGCUGGAUCGAGUCAAGAUCCUCUUUCAAACUUCGAAUGCUGAAUUCAGUAAAUAUGCUGGGACACCUCUUGGACUGUUACAUGCCUCUGCCAAGAUCUAUAGCUCUCAAGGCGUCAGAGGUUUAUUUCAAGGUCACUCAGCCACGCUGUUGAGGAUCUUCCCAUAUGCCGGCAUAAAAUUCAUGGCUUAUGACCGUGCAGAGGCCAUACUCAUUCCGACACCUGAUAAGAGGACACCUUUGCGUUUCUUUAUCGCUGGAGCCACGUCUGGUGUCAUCUCCGUACUCUUCACUUAUCCCCUCGAGCUCAUCCGAGUCCGCUUGGCAUUCCAAACGCGAGAAUCUGAACGGACGUCACUUCGAGAAGCCGUUCGAUCGAUCUAUCAUGAAGGUCAUGCCCAUCAACCGAGUAUUAAUCCCGCGACAGUCACCUCAGCAGGUGGAUCAGCAACUGCCACCGCGACCACCUCGACCAUUUCUGCAUUUACUCGUUCUAUUCCUCUUUAUCCAUUCUAUCGAGGAUUCAGCAUAUCUAUCGUCGGGAUGGUGCCAUAUGCAGGGACAGCUUUCUUAACCUAUGGAACGCUCAAGCGUCACACCCCCGAUUGGAUCCCGUACCUCGCCUCUAGGCCAAAAGCCAACGACCUAGCUUGCGGAGCCGUGGCGGGUUUAUUAAGUCAAACGGCUAGCUAUCCGUUCGAGGUGAUUCGCAGAAGGAUGCAAGUGGGAGGUGCGAGGGGCAGCCAUGAUAUCUCCUGGAAGCAAGCCGUCAGGAUGAUCUAUGAUCAAAGGGGCUGGAGAGGUUUCUUUGUGGGCCUGACAAUAGGCUACUUGAAGGUUGUUCCGAUGACGAGUAUAUCAUUCGCCACCUGGCAGGUCAUGAAGCGUGCUCUGGAGAUAUAAGCGGGGUUGUGUUGAUGCAUGCUGUUGCAGUUCAUACCAUCAUCUUAAAAACUGCCACUGCCAUUCAUUUGGCCACCCAAUCAUAAAUUCGGGAUU